AUGGGUGGAGUGUUGGUGGUACAACUGUCAGCUACAGGUCUAGCCUACACGGUAAAGCUCAGCUCAAGUAGCCGCACCUACUUACCUUCACCACGACGCUACCACCUACCACCUUCACCACUACGCUACCGCCUACCACCUUCACCACUACGCUACCACCUGCCACCUUCACCACUACGCGACCACCUACCACCUUCACCACUACGCUACCACCUACCACCUUCACCACGACGCUACCACCUACCAACCUUCACCACUACGCUACCACCUACCACCUUCACCACUACGCUACCACCUACCACCUACCACCUUCACCACUACGCUACCACCUACCACCCUCACCACUACGCUACCACCUACCACCUUCACCACGACGCUACCACCUACCACCUUCACCACCACGCUACCACCUACCACCUUCACCACUACGCUACCACCUACCACCUUCACCACGACGCUACCACCUACCACCUUCACCACUACGCUACCACCUACCACCUUCACCACUACGCUACCACCUACCACCUUCACCACGACGCUACCACCUACCACCUUCACCACUACGCUACCCCCUACCACCUUCACCACGACGCUACCACCUACCACCUUCCCAUAUGUGUAUAA